AUGUCGAACACCAACAUCUCGAGUAUUGCGAGCGAGCUAAUCCAUGACGAAAGCGACUUUGGACGAACCAUCGCUUUUGCCAUAUUCUCCGCCAUCGCCUGGUACAAUGCCAUCGAGCUCAUUGUCUUGUGCUUCUUCACCUUCAAGCGUUGGCAUGGCUGCUAUUUCUGGAGCUUGUUGAUUGCAUCCUCAUGCAUCAUCCCCUAUUGCCUGGGCUUUGUGCUCCUCUUUUUCCCGACAGGAGUCACGCCAUAUGUGUGUGUUACGCUCAUUGUAAUCAGCUGGUAUGGCAUGGUCACAGGCCAAUCCAUGGUGCUAUGGUCGCGACUGCAUCUAGUUCUACGGAAUGCCAGAGUACUUUGGAAGGUGCUAUGGAUGAUAAUAAUCGAUGCCAUAUUACUGCAAAUCCCGACAACAGUCCUUCUCUACGGCGCCGUCGGGAUGCCCACCGGCCAUUUCGCUCAUGGUUAUAGUAUCAUGGAAAGAAUACAAGUCGUCGGCUUCUGUGUCCAGGAGCUAGUGAUAUCCAGUAUUUAUGUGUGGGAAGCGACCCACCUGCUUCGCCUACGGCCUCAAGGUCGAUCUCGGGGGAUAUUAACCCAACUCCUCGUCAUCAACGUUAUUAUCCUCUUCCUAGAUGUUGCAAUUGUCGUCAUCGAAUAUGUGGGCUAUUAUGGCUUGCAAGUGACAUUCAAGCCUGUCGCGUACAGCAUCAAGCUGAAGCUGGAAUACGCCAUCUUGGGGAAACUGAUUGCUGUGGCCGGCGGGGUUCAUAACAGGCAGGAGGUGCCGCCCAGAGCCUACGGGACCAACGAGACCAGCAAUCUUUCUUCUUCACUAAAUACGUAUUCAGAUUUUACAACUCAUCAACAUACUCAGAGUCAAUUUGCUCAGCCGGGCUUGAAGGUGUAUCAAGACCCACAUUUAUGCUCAUAG